GCGGGCCCGCUGCCCUCCGGACUUUGCUCGGCGUCUCCAGCCGGGACGGGUCGAGGCCCCUCGGGUGCGGGACGGGGGCCCGGCUGUGUGAGGAAAGGCCCUUGCCCGCCCCAGGCGCCAUGGCGGCGGGCGGCUGGCUCUGCGGCUCCCCGGAGGGCUCCGGAGGGCUCGGGGACUGGAACCAGACAUGGCACACAAAGAUCCCAAGAUUUACCUGGUGCUUUGAGAAGACAGUCAUUGCUUGGAUCCCCUGUGCCUAUCUUUGGAUCAGUUUUCCCUUCUACUACAUGUAUCUUCGAUACAAAAGCAAUGGCUAUAUCAGGAUGUCCCACAUCUUCAAAACUAAAAUGGUCCUUGGAUUCCUCCUGGUAAUGCUGUGUUUUUCUAAUGUCUUCUUUGUACUAUGGGAAAUAAGCCAAGGAAUUCCACGGACUCCAGCAUUCUUCAUUAGCCCUGCAGUGCUGGGGAUCACAAUGAUCCUUGCCAUGGUCCUUACCCAGGCGGAAAGAAUGAUGGGCAUCCAGUCCUCAGGCAUCUUGUUGAUAUACUGGCUGCUCUCAUUCUUGUCUGCGGUUGUGAUGUUUAGUUCCAAAAUCCAACAUGGCCUGGAAAGAGGCUUCUUGGAAGACCCUUUCCACCAUGUUGCAACUUACCUUUAUGUUAGCCUGGUGUUUGGUGAACUUGUGUUAUUCUGCUUAGUUGAUCACCCUCCCUUCUUCUCAAAAGCUGUCAACGAUCCAAAUCAGUGUCCAGAAGCCAACAGCUCUUUUCUGUCCAAAAUCACAUACUGGUGGUUGUCUGGGCUUGUCUGGAAAGGCUAUCAGCGGUCCUUGGGGGUGGAUGACCUGUGGUCAGUGAGGAAAGAGGACUCCUCUGAAGAGAUUGUUACCUGGGCUGAAAAAGAGUGGAAGAAGUAUCAUAGCAGAACCAAGCAAAACAAGGAGUCUGCUACUUUUAAAAAGGGUCAGAAGAGUGAAACUGGUACAACAGAGGCUGAAGAGACAGAGGUUCUACUGCAGUCAGAGCACAAUCAGAGCAGGCCCUUACUGAAAGCAUUUUGGAGCAUGUUUGGAACCUAUUUCCUUCUCGGCACCCUCUGCUUAGUUAUCUGUGAUGUCUUCUUGUUUUCCAUCCCAAAGAUACUGAGCCUUUUCCUGGAGUUCAUUGAAGAUCAAGAAGCCCCUAGCUGGCAUGGUUAUUUCUAUGCCUUCAUUAUGGUCCUGCUAGCUUGCCUCCAGACUCUGUUUGAACAACGAUAUAUGUACAUGUGUCUUGUUCUGGGACUGAAACUGAAAACUGUAGUAACAGGGCUUGUGUACAGGAAGAUCCUAAUAAUGUCAAACGCAUCAAGGAAAGCAGUAACAGUAGGUGAAAUCGUUAACUUGAUAUCUGUUGAUGUCCAAAAGCUAAUGGAUCUUAUUAUCUAUUUUAACGGGACCUGGCUUGCUCCGAUUCGGAUUAUCAUCUGCUUUGUCUUCUUGUGGCAGCUUCUUGGGCCAUCUGCCUUGACUUCAGUUGCUGUAUUCCUUUUUCUUUUGCCUCUGAAUUUUAUGAUCACCAAGAAGAGGAGUCAUUUUCAGGAGGCCCAGAUGAAACAUAAAGAUGAGCGGGCCAAACUUACCAAUGCCAUUCUUAGCGAUAUUAAAGUAAUCAAGCUGUAUGGCUGGGAGAAAACCUUCAUGGAGAAAGUGCUUGGUAUCCGGAAGCAAGAACUUAAGGCCCUAAAAAGAUCUCAGAUUCUCUUUUCAGCAUCUCUAGCUUCCUUCAAUUCAUCAACUUUCCUGAUUGCAUUUGUCAUGUUUGCUGUCUACACCCUGGUGGAUAACACACACAUCCUGGAUGCUCAGAAGGCCUUUGUAUCUUUAACACUGAUCAACAUCCUCAACACUGCACACUCCUUCCUGCCAUUCUCCAUAAAUGCUGUUGUCCAGGCCAAAGUUUCUUUUAACCGCUUAGCAGCUUUUCUGAAUCUGGAAGAACUGAAUCCCGAGAGCUCAAACAGAAACACUUCUGACUGUGUACAGGCAAGUAUCACCAUAAGAAACGGAACAUUCUGCUGGAGCAAAGAAAUGUCUCCUUGUCUUAGAAGGAUAGAUCUUACUGUGCCCCAAGGCUCCUUGAUUGCUAUAGUUGGCCAGGUGGGUGCUGGAAAAUCUUCCUUGCUGUCAGCAUUACUUGGUGAGCUGGAACAGAUGGAUGGCUGCGUGACUAUGAAGGGCACAGCAGCUUAUGUUCCCCAGCAAGCAUGGAUACAGAAUGCUUCAGUGGAAGAUAAUAUUCUCUUUGGCAAUGAGAUGGAUGAAGCAUGGUUUAAUAGCGUGGUUGAUGCUUGUGCAUUGCAGCCUGAUUUGGAGAGCUUCCCAGCAGGGCAGAAGAGUGAAAUAGGCGAGAAGGGAAUAAAUAUAUCUGGAGGCCAGAAACAAAGAGUGAACCUUGCUCGUGCCGUGUACCAGAAGGCUUCAAUUUACUUACUAGAUGACCCCCUCUCGGCUGUUGAUGCCCAUGUUGGACAGCACAUUUUUGAACACGUUCUUGGACCUAAUGGCUUACUGAAGAACAAGACUCGUGUUCUGGUGACUCACACGAUCAGCAUUUUGCACCAAGUGGACAACAUUGUUGUGCUGGUGGAUGGAAUGAUCUCAGAAAUUGGUUCCUACCAAGAACUUUUACAGAGAAAUGGGGCUUUUGCAGAAUUUCUUCAUUCGCACAGUACUGCAGAAGAAAAGGCAUGCUCUGGCUUUCCAGCUAUAGGAGACACCAGCAGCACCGUCACCUCUAGAAACUGUCCAUCACAGGAGAAGUUCUUUAGCGACAAUUCAGUCAAAUCUGCUACGGGAAGGGAGACCACUCAUGCAAGUCAAAACACUACUGCUGCUGCAGCCACUAAAGGAGUAUUAACCACAGGAGAGAAAGCUCGGCAUGGCAGGGUUAAUACUUCGAUUUAUGCAGCCUACCUGAAGGCAACAGGCAUACCGCUGUGUGUGUACAUCGUUCUGUUGUUCAUGUGUCAGCAAGCGUUAUCAUUUUUUCGCGGUUACUGGCUCAGCAUGUGGACAAAUGACCCUGUAUACAAUGGUACACAACAACACACAGAGCUAAGAGUUGGAGUCUUUGGUGCACUAGGAAUCAUUCAAGCCAUUUGCAGAUUUGUCUCCACAGCAGCAGUCCUUCUAGGUGGUGUGAUAGCUUCAUAUAAGCUGUUUCUGCAGUUGCUAAGGAACGUUGGUAGAUCCCCGAUGGUCUUCUUUGAGCAGACACCCAUUGGAAACUUAUUGAACCGCUUCUCCAAAGAGAUGGAUGCCAUCGAUUCCAUUAUCCCUGACAAGCUGAAAUCCUUGCUGGGAUUUCUGUUCAACUUGGUGGAGAUCUACCUUGUGAUCAUUGUGGCUACACCAAAGGCAGCGAUGGCCAUAGUGCCUUUGACUGUUUUUUAUGCUGUGUUCCAGCACUUCUAUGUCAUCACCUCCUGCCAGCUGCGACGCAUGGAGGCUGCCAGCAGGUCACCCAUCUACUCCCACAUUUCAGAAACUUUUCACGGAAGUAGUGUGAUCCGUGCUUACAAAGACCAGGAGAGGUUUAUUUUGAAGAGCAAUUUCCUAGUGGAUGAGAAUCAGAGAAUAUGCUUCGCUGGAGCAGUUGCUGACAGGUGGCUUGCCACAAACCUGGAGUUUCUAGGCAAUAGCAUUGUAUUGUUUGCAGCACUAUUUGCAACAGUUGGCAGAAAACACCUUAGUCCAGGAACUGCUGGCUUCUCCGUUUCAUAUGCUCUUCAGAUAACUGGUGUUCUAAACUGGAUGGUGCGCUCCUGGACAGAAAUUGAAAACAACAUUGUUUCUGUGGAGAGAGUGAAAGAAUACUCAAGGACUCCUAAAGAGGCACCCUGGACUCUAAAUGUUAAACUUCAAGGUCAAGUCUGGCUUACUGAAGGAAGAAUUGAAUUCAGAAACUAUAGUUUGCGAUACCGACCAAACUUGGAGUUAGCUCUGAAGUGUAUCAAUCUAACCAUCAACGGGAAAGAGAAGAUCGGCAUAACUGGAAGAACAGGAGCUGGGAAAUCUACUCUUGCUCUGGGAUUGCUGCGAUUAGUAGAAGCUGCAGAAGGAGCAAUCCUAAUUGAUGGACAAGAUAUUGCUCAACUAGGUCUCCAUGACCUUAGAACCAAGAUAACUGUAAUUCCCCAGGAUCCCGUUUUGUUUUCUGGCACUCUAAGAAUGAAUCUUGACCCAUUAAACCAAUACACUGAUGCAGACAUCUGGACUGCUUUGGAAUUGACUCAGCUCAAGAACUUUGUUGCAGAUUUUCCAGAUCAGUUGGAAUAUAAGUGCACUGACAGAGGGGAAAACCUAAGUGCUGGUCAGAAGCAGCUGGUUUGUCUGGCCAGAGCACUUCUUCAGAAAGCCAAAGUCCUCAUUCUAGAUGAGGCCACAGCCGCAGUAGACUUAGAAACUGAUCUUCAGAUUCAGUCUGCCCUGAGGACUCACUUCAAGGAGAGCACAGUGUUAACAAUAGCUCACCGGAUAAACACCAUCAUGGACUGUGACAGGAUUUUAGUCUUGGAUAAUGGCCAGAUAUCUGAAUUUGAUACUCCGGAACAAUUAAUAGCUCAGAAGGGACUGUUCUACAGACUAAUGGAAGAAUCUGGUCUUGCCUGACUGACUCAUGGAAUACACCGUAAUGCCAUCACCAUCAGGAAUAAUUGAUCUCUUAAUUGAGUUAUUACCUUGGUUUCAUUCUAAAAUGACAGGCGUGCCACCACAUCUUGUUUGAGCUAUAACUGCAAUGGGUAGAUGAAAAAGGAUGACUUGGGAUACAGGUUGUUUCCUUAGGAAACUUAGUAAUUCCAUUUUCAUUAUGUUUCCAAAUACCCAAACCUCACUCUUCUGUUGAGAGUGAGAGCCAGAAAGCAAACAACUUAUUGCUGUUAUGGUAUAAAACCAAACAAACUAAAAGAAAAAGACCACAGCAUUUCCCAUUUGUGCUAUAAAUGGAGCCCAAAUACACUGCCAUAUUUCAGGAUUGCACAGGUUAUUUUUAAAAGCAACCACAUUUCAUAGAGAACAAGAAUUUAACUGGUAGCAAGCAAACAACAUUUACAACUUGUCCUAAGUUUCAGACAGGACAAAUUCAACCUUUUGCAAAUGUUUUAGGACUGCUCACACAAGCACUGUUCUCACAGAUGUGGUGGCCUCCAAGGCAGCAGCUGGAUCUAGUUAUCCAAAGUGCAGAAACCCUGGGGGAGUAGGGGAGAGAACGUGGGAUGCCACUAAGUACAAGAGCAUAUGGCUGCCUCUUGUCACAGCUGGUGAUUAGAUCUGCUCUAUUUCCCUCCACGUCCGCUUUGGAUGCUACCUGGAUGAAUCAUGUUGGGUGGAAGGCUGACAGCUUAGACACAAGCUUGCUGACACAGGAAAAGAGCAACUGAGCUGGUGGGUGGGCAGCAGAAUAUCAUUCAUUGCAUUUGGAGGCUUGGAGCAGCCCUGGAGUGUCCCUGCUGACAAACUGUGGUUGGUCACAGCGGAGUGUGUCUGAGCUCUUGGUACCUCUAUUUCCUAAUUGAAUUUGGUCAUGAGGAACUUAUGUGGCAGCCUCCUUCUCUAACCCAUGGUUCAUUCCUGGCUGUUUCUGUAAGUUUACCUGCUGUGCGUGUCUCCCUGGCACUGCAGAACCUCUGGCACGGUGAAUCUUUCAGAUGUUACUUUAACAAACCAGAACAGCAUCCAGAAGGAAAACCUUUCCAAGCUUCUCACAGUGCUGGGGGCUGCUGUCAGAGCUGCUCCCAAGUCUCUCCUCUGGGAUUGCAACAAGAAAAUGUGACGAACAAAUCACACAGCAAGUUACUGCUGUUUACCAUGACUUCUUGAAGCAUUUCAUUUUCUAGAAAGCUGAAAUAAAAAUUGAAUCAAGUAUUAAA